CGUUUUUCUUCCUCCUCCGUCGAGACGCACGGGAGGCCAGCGCCGCUCUACGCGCUCCGUCCAGGCGCUGCGGCAACCUCGACCCGUCGCUCCUCCAUCCAGCCGCCGCGCCGCCUUCCCCACCUCCGUCGCGCAUCCGUCCAGCCAUCCUCCGCGCAGACGCCCCGCGAAUCGUCUCCGGCAUCUCGCCGCCGGAGUCGUCCCGCCGCGCGACGGCCGGAAGAGAGAAAAGGUUCUGACACCAUGCUAGCGCUACUGAGCACUGCCUCUUUGCUGUCUUCAUGUAUAUACAGUUGCUUAGCUCCACACGUAUGGUAGCGAUCCAUCAAUACUUGGAUGCGUUUCUUCCGCUGGGAUGAACUCGUAUUGUAAUCUUGGAUUGUCUAGGGAGAUUUGGUCUUCCUAUUUUGGGGAGGGAAUUCUAGUUCAAUUCUUCAAUCUAUCCCGAUUAAUUCGUCCUGUUUGAUAGCUUUUUUUUGUAGAUUUUCUUUGAUGCGUAGUGGCAGUGGCGUUUGGAUCUUGGCGCCGCCAUGAGUCCGCCGGGGAAGAAGGCCCCGGCUGGUGCGGGCGGAAUCCGGCGGUGGCUCUCCACCGUCGUCUUGUCGGUGUUGGCGCUGGUGCUAACCCUUGGAGUGAUAUCGCUAUCGGUGGGCUCGUCGCUCCCUGCGGCAUCGCUACACGAAUACCUCUUUGUCAAAGCCAAUGGCUCGACGAAGCUGUCACCCGAGCUUACUGAUGGGAACAAGAAUGAUACUGCCGUGGCUGUCCCGCUAGCGGAGGAUGCGUCGCAGGGUGGUCAGGAAGUGCUGGUGGAGCACGAUGUUCAGAGUGGCACCGUGAAUUCGAGCGAAACGGGUGAAAUCAAUACCAAAGUGGCAGAUCCAGCUGCUACUGAUGAUACCACGUCAGUGCCCGAUGAGGGAAAUCUCGCAGUCUCAUCGGAUUCAUCUGACAAUCCUCAAAAAAGUAAUGAAGGUAGCUGUGAUCUAUACCAUGGACGAUGGGUUUUUGAUUCUUCGGGGCCACUAUACACAAACAACUCUUGCCCAAUCAUCACGCAGAUGCAGAAUUGUCAAGGCAAUGGUCGACCUGACAAGGACUACGAGAAUUUUAGAUGGAAACCAGAACAGUGCAUCCUACCACGCUUUGAUGGAAGAAAGUUCCUGGAGUUGAUGAGAGGCAAAACAAUUGCUUUUGUUGGGGAUUCAGUUGCCAGAAAUCAGAUGGAGUCCCUCCUUUGCAUUCUGUGGCAGGUAGAAGCCCCAGUAAACCGUGGUAGCCGCAGGAUGAGCAAGUGGAUUUUUAGAUCAACCUCAACAAUUAUUGUCCGCAUCUGGUCGUCUUGGUUAGUGCACAGGUCAACUGAAGCUGUGGGAUUUGCUCCAAAGGGUAUUGAUAAGGUUUUUCUGGAUAUCCCAGAUGAGACCUUCAUGGAAUUUCUCCCAAGUUUUGACGUGCUUGUCCUCUCCUCUGGGCACUGGUUUGCCAAGCGGUCUGCUUAUAUCCUGAACGGCAAUGUUGUUGGAGGGCAGCUCUGGUGGCCUCGUAAUGCUGGAAAAAUGCGGAUUAAUAAUGUUGAUGCUUUUGGUAUCUCAGUUGAGACAUCCCUAACUGCGGUGGCUGCUAAUCCAAAUUUCACAGGUAUAGCUAUUGUGCGCACAUAUUCACCAGAUCAUUAUGAAGGUGGGGCCUGGAAUACUGGUGGAUCAUGCACUGGAAAGGUUAAGCCCUUGGAUGAGGUGGUGAGGAAUGGAUUCACAGAUGCUAUGUACGGCAAACAGGUCUCAGGCUUCACAAAGGCAGUGCAGAAUUCUGGGCAACAAGGUUCCAGAUUGAAAUUGAUGGACAUCACUGAGCCCUUUGCCUUGAGGUCUGAUGGGCAUCCUGGUCCAUAUAGAAGUACUGAUCCAAACAAGAAGACCCAAAGAGGGCCAGAUGGAAGGCCUCCACCUCAGGAUUGCCUACAUUGGUGCAUGCCAGGACCUGUAGAUACAUGGAAUGAGAUGUUGCUAGAGACCAUACGAAGAGAAUUCGAGGUAGCGAGAAGCUGAAGGAAACAAUCAUUGGCUACUUCCAAACAUGUGAUAUUACUCCCAAAGCUAAGAUACUCAACAUUGGUGUAUAUCCUUAUCAUGUUUUUUUCCCACAAAUAGGAAGGACUAUAGAUUUGGUUGGACAAAAAAUUAUAGGCAUGUUGUCAACAGUCGGGUUAGGGUACGAAAGAGUUGACAGCUUGUGUGAUGGGAUUAGGUUUGGGACUAAUAUCCCUCAAGAAGGAUGGAUGAUAGUGACUCACCAUGUUUUUUUGUCUGACACAUUCUUGGACAUAUGAUCCCUUGACGAUUUUUCUGAAACUUGGAUAACACGUGUUGUAAGCUACUAGUGUUUAGUCCUCCCUUGAGAGCCUGUCUGCUAGAUACUGAUAUUGGUUUAUAACAUGUGAUAGGGUACUUCUUGUUUACUAUUCAUUGUUGGGACUACUUGAAACUGAAUAUGAUUCGUUUCUUGCUCUCUGUUCCGUACCACAAGAUGUUUUGUCAUAAUGCGAACCGUUUCAAGUUUAACAAACUUUAUAGAAAAAUGUAAUGACAGUAUAAGUUGUAACACAAAACAGAUGUAUUAUAAAUGUAUUAAA